AUGGCUUUAGUUGAAGAUACAAUCGAUCUUGAUUUCGCUGAAGAUGAGCUACUGGGCGAUGAAUUAUCCAGUGUACAACAGAUGGAACAUACAGAAACUUCUAUCUCUGUUGAGCCCAGUAAAGUCCAUGGCGAACAUCAGGAGCAGUGGAGCCGACGAAAUCGUUGUAAACAUGCUCGUGUGCGCUAUCAUUCAUCACCCACAUCGGAGAGUGACGAUCAUUCACGAAGUACUUCAGUUCAACGUGAUGUACAACUUAAUGAUUCAUUUUCAUCGGAUUUAAAUUCUCAAAAACGUGAAAAACGCUUGGCACAUGCCCGACGUUUUGGUAUUAUACCUCCGUCACAAAGUGUUGAUAUUAAGGAAAGUGAAGUGGAAGAGUUAUAUCGUUCAAUGGGUGUUCAAAUGCGUAAUUCUCGUCACAGACUUCAUUCUGUCUAUGUACGAGGUGUUGAUGGCCUCUCAACAUAUCAAAUUGAAAAAAUGUUCGCUGAGUUUGAUCCAGUAGCAGUUGAAAUGAUCGAUGAAGUGAGCUGUAAUGUUAUUUGGAAUGAUCGUUUUUCUGUUGCUAAAAUGAUGCUAGAGAUGACAAAACCGUUAAAACGAAUUCGUAGCAGUCGGCAGGUAGAAGAAGGUGAAGUUGCUGAUAGUGGUGAGGAAGAAGAAGAUGGUGAAAUGCGAGAGGAGCAGGGAGAUGAUGUAACGAUCAGUGUGGCUAAAGGAUUGUCGUCGAAUAAGAGAAAUACAGAAACCAAUGCAAUUGAAGUAGAGGUUGAUCAAGUUGAAGUACCACCUGGAAAAUGGCGUGUAAUAACGAAACAUGUUGGGCAUAAGCGACUAAUUAUAUUGCGAUUCAGUUUAAGAGAAGAUAUAGCAAAAGGUCGAAGGAAUUCUGCGGAUAGGCGGCGAAGAAUUAGUUCAGAUUCGGUGGAUCCGGACGGUUACACCUAUAAAUGGAUGAAUCGAAGAAAUCGAGUGCGACCCGGAUUAAAUAUCUUUGAUGAGAAGGGUAAUGAGCUGGAAUGGGAUUAUGAGCAUGAUACAAGAUUUUAUGAAGAACCGGCAAAAACAGCGGAAGAAGAGGACAGUUCGUCGACACCGACGGAUGAUAAAAUGAUUGUUGUGGGUACAAGAAAACACAAAAUUAAGACACGUGGACGUGGAGCAAAACGAUUUAAAUCUGUUGCUGAUUCGUUGUCCGGUACCGGAUCAUUGGAAGCUGAUCGUGAAGACCUUCAUCCAUUGAAAAGAAAUUUUGCGAAUGCCAAUGAUGGAGCUGUUAUUAGAGAUGAAGAAGAAAGUGAUCUGAGCGAUGAUCGGGACCCCAGUCCAACACCGCAGCCUUGGGAUUUGAAGAAAACUAAUGUUCAUUUGCGCCAAAAAUGA